AUGGGCCGGCACAACAAGACAGCGACCAAGAAGACGAACGCACCCAAGAAGCCCGCUCUUACACAUUUCCUUUGCAUUCCUCUUGUAAACUCCGUCUCUCAACCCCAAUUAGAAGCCAGUAUUGGAAAGUUCAAGGAGCACGUUUGUUCUGCUGUUCCGGUUCAAGCCUCUCAGGAAGUAGAAUCAGCAGCGGAUAAAAGCAAUGUUUCUACGUUGCAUCCUGAAGCAGUCAGGCCAUUGGGCUCAUUACACUUGACCCUGGGAGUCAUGAGUUUAGACGAAGCAAAGCUAGCUCAAGCGACUGCACUACUUGAGUCUCUAGACCUAGGGAAUCUGCUUCAAGAAGCAACAUCUUCUCAGACGAGCCAAGUCAAGACUACAGACACCUCUGCUACAACCUUGAACUCAGCACCACCAACAAGCACAAUCAAAGCACUCACUCUGCAAAGUCUUCCUUUGACACUAUCCCUCGAAGGAUUGGAACCAAUGCAAUCACCCACAAAGACAAGUAUCCUCUACCUCCGCCCUCACGACCAAACAAACCGACUUCAACCUCUGUGUCAAGCACUGCGAAAAGUCUUCACCGUGUCUGGCUUACUAGUCCCUGACACACGACCACUGAGACUUCACGCUACAAUCGUGAACACAAUCUACAUAAAGGGACGCAAGAAGAACAAUAAACCAACGUCUGAAGCAACACAAGCAAAGGACGCUGGAGCCAAUACACCCGACUCGGGCCAUGGUCCUUCAGCAAAGUCUUCGUUGUAUCUAGAUGCUACGUCCCUUCUUUCGACCUAUGAAUCUCAUGUAUGGGCUUCUGACAUUCCUAUCUCGAAGAUUGCUAUCUGUGAGAUGGGUGUCAGGAAACAGCUCUCCGAAUCCGGCGGAGUGGUCGGUGAGGCUUACAAAGAAGUGGCUACCAGGGAGAUUUGA